UCAUAUCCCCCUCACAUGUAUGAUGUAUCUAUCUGCUCACCUACUCCCAGUAUAAAUAAUCUAUCUUCUCAUGUUUUGUUAUAACACCAGCCUAGAGAGAGAGAGAGAGAGAGAGAGAGAGAGAGAGAGGGUAGUAAAGGAGCUUAGAAACCAGACCAGGUUAAGCUUGAGAUGGAGUGGUGGUGGAGACUGUAUUGGGGGCUUGUGGUGAUUAUAAUGAUGGAAGGUGGUAGCCACGCUGAAGGAGGAGAAGUCACAUACGAUGGAAGAUCUCUCAUCAUUGACGGGAAGAGACAAAUGCUAUUUUCUGGUUCAAUUCACUAUCCACGUAGCACACCUGAGAUGUGGCCAUCUUUGAUAGCUAAAGCCAAGAAAGGAGGAUUGGACGUUAUUCAAACCUAUGUAUUUUGGAAUCUUCAUGAGCCUCAACCUGGUCAGGUUAGUCAAAUCCUCUCUCUCUCUCUCUCUCUCUCUCUCUCUCUCUCUCUCUCUCUCUCUCUCUCUCAUAUGUGGGGAUUUUGUGUUGCACAGUAUGAUUUUAGUGGAAGAUAUGAUCUGGUGCGAUUCAUUAAAGAAAUCCAAGCACAAGGGUUGUAUGCUUGCCUUAGGAUUGGACCUUUCAUUGAGAGUGAAUGGAAUUACGGGGGGUUUCCAUUUUGGUUGCAUGAUGUCCCUGGCAUUGUUUAUCGAUCAAACAAUAAGCCAUUUAAGUUCUACAUGCAAAAUUUUACCACAAAAAUAGUGAACUUGAUGAAGUCGGAGGGUUUAUAUGCCUCACAAGGAGGUCCCAUCAUACUGUCACAGAUUGAGAAUGAAUAUCAAAAUGUUGAAGCAGCAUUCCACGAAAAAGGACCCCCUUAUGUUCGUUGGGCAGCUAAAAUGGCGGUUGGUCUCCAAACUGGCGUACCAUGGAUCAUGUGCAAGCAAACUGAUGCUCCUGAUCCAGUGAUUAAUACAUGCAACGGGAUGAGAUGUGGAGAAACUUUUGGAGGACCCAACUCACCAAAUAAGCCUUCAUUGUGGACAGAGAAUUGGACUUCUUUCUAUCAAGUAUAUGGCCAGAAGCCAUACAUAAGAUCUGCUGAAGACAUUGCAUUUCAUGUAGCACUUUUUAUUGCAAGAAAUGGAAGCUAUGUAAAUUAUUACAUGUACCAUGGUGGAACAAAUUUUGGGAGAACAAGCUCUGCAUAUAUCAUAACAGCUUAUUAUGAUCAAGCUCCUCUUGAUGAAUAUGGACUAAAAAGGCAACCUAAGUGGGGGCAUCUUAAGGAUUUGCAUGCUGCAAUUAAAUUGUGCUCUACAACUCUGCUGCAAGGAGUACGAACAAACUAUUCUUUAGGCCAACAUCAAGAGGCCAUUGUUUUCCAAGAAGAGAUUGGAGGUUGUGCAGCAUUUCUUAUAAACCAUGAUGGAAAUAACAUUACUGUACAAUUUCAAAAUAUAUCACUUAAAUUGCUUCCAAAGUCAAUCAGCAUUCUACCAGACUGUAAAAAUAUAGCCUUCAAUUCGGCAAAGGUGAAUACAAAGUAUAACGACCGAAUCAUAACACUAGCACAAACUUUUGAUUCAACUGAUAGUUGGGAAGAAUUCAAAGAUGAGAUUGUGAACUUCGAAGAUACAUCACUAAAAUCAAAUGGCUUACUUGAGCACACGAAUACAACCAAAGACAAAUCUGAUUAUCUUUGGUAUACAAUUAGGCUUGAACACAAUUUUUCUUCUACCGAAGCAGUAUUGCAUGUUCAAUCUCUUGCACAUGUUGCGCAUGCUUUUCUGAACAACAUAUAUAUAGGUUCUGCAAAUGGAAGUUUUACUACGAAGAACUUCACGAUGGAUAUUCCAUUUAUGGUCAAAGAUGGAAUAAACAAUAUUUCUAUACUCAGCGUAAUGGUUGGGCUACAGGAUUCAGGAGCUUUUCUUGAAAGAAAAAAGACUGGCUUAACAACAGUGACAAUUCAAGGGGACAACAACAAAUUUUAUAAUUUGACAAACUAUGAAUGGGGAUAUAAGAUUGGACUACUUGGAGAAGAAUUGCAAAUAUAUAGAGAAGAAAAUGUGGGAGAUGUAGUGUGGCGUGAAAGUGGAAUCUCUACCAAUCAAACACUUACUUGGUACAAGAUAUUUUUUGAUGCACCCAAGGGAGAUGAUCCUGUUGCCUUAAACCUUAGUUCAAUGGGGAAAGGUGAAGCUUGGGUUAAUGGACAAAGCAUUGGUCGCUAUUGGAUUUCUUUCCAUGACUACCAAGGCAAUUCAUCACAAAUAUUGUAUCAUGUGCCCAGAUCAUUCCUCAAAACUGGUGAAAAUCUUUUAGUUUUGCUUGAAGAAAAUGGUGGCAACCCUCUUCAGAUUUCCUUGAACACCGUGUCAAUCAUCAACGUACAAAAAGAUUCAUCUGACGAUCAGCUUGUCUCUUCCUUCGAAGAUUACAUAGAGAUGGAAAGUUAUAGGUAUUCUUAAUUUCUUAUUAGGUAUAGAUGAAUUCAAGUCCCAUACUAUACAAAGUGAUAAUAUAUAAUAGGCUAAUAAAUCUGUUUCCUCCUUGUCUGGGAACGAGCAUUUUGAGCAGAAUUCAUGAUGUAAAUCCCUUCACAUUCUUCAUUUAAAUAAUAAUCAAAGUCCAGAUAGUUAUUAUAUUCAGAACC